CACAUUCGACAGCACACAUAGACACUAGCCAUGGGCGAGAAGAGAAGAAAGUCGGCCGACAAGGAGUCGUCGAAGAAGCACAAAAAGUCCAAGAAGCACAGCAGCACCACCGCCAGCACAGAAAAGGCCGUGGACCGCUGCCGCGCCCCGCCGCACGUCCAUCCCCCGGGUUCGUCGAGACCACACAGCGACUUCUCGGCAGGCGUGCACGAGACAUUGAACAGCAUGCUGCUACACUAUGUGCCGCAGGUGCGCGGCGUGGUGCUCUCGUACUCGAAGGCGCGGCCGCUCAGCGACACAGGCCCUGCUCUGGAUGUGGUGGCCAAGCUGCUGCUGUGGCGGCCAAUCGGCGGCAUGUCGGUCAAGGGCCGCAUCAACGUGCAGUCGCCCGACCACAUUGGCCUGCUGCUGUGGGAUACGUUCAAUGCCUCGAUCCCGGCGUCAUAUAUCCCCAAGGACAAGUACGAGUGGCGUGCGUUUGACGACGAGGAGAUUGCUGCUCGCGCAACCACUGUGGCGACCAAGUCGGAAUCGGACGACAGUGAAGAGAGCGAGGACAAGGAUGAGAGUGAGGAGACCCCCGAGGAGGAGCAGCCCGAGGAGCCCGCCGCCGCAAUGGACUUUGGCGACAGCAAGUUUGGGUCGGGCGAAUGGUUUGUUAUUGUUGAUGUCAUUCGCGCCAACGAAGUCCUCAGCGUAACUGGAGCGUUGCUUUAGACUUUCUCUUUUCCGUACAUCAUGAACAAAAAAGCUACCGACAGA